AUGUCGUCUGACACAAACCAAAAGGGGGAGGACUCCGAGAACAGAUUCACUCUGAGCUCCUACAAUUUGAAAGAUAUUGACCUUGAGCUUUGGCAUAGAGAGGUCAAGAAGUUCGUUAAGGUUGAGCCGCCGUGCUGGACACGGCGGGACACGCGGACCCAAUGUCGAAGUGUCCCAAAGGACCCCAACUUGGGUCCUUUCCCUGACUUACCUCCAAUUGUCUGGACUGAGGACUAUUGGACCCGACUCUGGGAUCGAGCAAUUCUCCCAGAGGCUACACGUGGCUAUCAAAUGGCCCAAAUGUACUCCUCUGAAAAGGAACGAUGCAAGCAAUGUCGAUUCGCAAUGUGGGGCCCGAGGCGGCUUCAACUCCUGGCAAAUGAAUCGACCAUCCGCCAGCAUGAGGAAGACCAGGCAAGGCGUGCUAGACAAGCACCCGACGAACCGCCGAAGGUCGGAUCGUACAAGGAGGACAUCAUCGACGAGCUUACUGAUGAGUGCAUUGGUAAGAUCUACUGGACAGAGGACAUGGUCGCCAAAUGGAAGAAGAGACAAGCGGCGAAGGAGGGCAAGCGUGCAGUCAAGUACGGCUGCUGGGGACAUCCUGGAAAGCCGGUAGGCAAGUGGCAAUUUAAAGACCACAAGAUUGUUAAAGAUGAGGAGGCCUGGAAAAUCAACUGGGAGCUACACGAAGCCCCAAAAUUCCCCGUUGACUACCGCUAUGCUGUCGCUCUUGAUUGUGAGAUGGGAAUCACUGACCUGGGCGAACAAGAGCUCCUUCGAAUUAGCGCCAUUGACUACUUUACCGGGGAGAAAUUGAUCGACAAGUUGGUCUUUCCCAAAGUCCGGAUGUGGCACACUAAUUAUCGGUUUUCCGGUGUCAACUGGGAAAUGCUAUACGCAGCCAAGAGUCGAGGCGAAGCAUUCAUCGGUCGAGAUGCAGCCCGUGAAGCGUUGUUUCGGUACGUCGGUCCCAACACUGUUCUAGUGGUCCAUGGUGGACGAGCAGACAUGUUGGCUUUGCGAAUCAUUCACCAACGAAUUGUCGACACCAUGCUCUUUGCUCAAGCUUCCUUGAAAGAGAACGCGAAGGAGAUUCUGAACCGCAACAUCCAGCAAGGCCUAGGUCAUGACAGCCUCGAGGAUGCACUCGCCUGCCGAGACAUCGCGGAUCACUUCAUCAAAGUACUCCCAUUCGAGCACAUCUACGGGCCAAGAUACGGCCAGAUGUGGCGUAGUAAAGUCUGGAGUCUGGCGAAACCAAUGAAAGAUGGCAAAAUCGACCCCGAAUGGAGACCUCCAUCAUCCAAAAACCGUGUGCCUUACCUCAAGUCAUAUCGCCCUUUCGAGCCUUGGGUUGUCCAAGAGGAGCGUCGGAGAGCUGAGAAUCUGCCUUGGUAUGAACAAAACGCCGAAGAAUGGUACGAUCAAGGUUGGGAUUACCCGGGGGCGCCACUCGAAUAUUUGAUAACCCCUGAGGUCGAGAAGGCUUGGGCCUUGGUCCCUCGUGGCGAGUCUUGGAGCAAUCCCGAGUGGGAUGAGCCUGAAGAUAAGCCUACGGACAAUUGGCAGGAGCCUCAGGAUGAUUGUGCUACAAAUGAAUGGGCCCCGGUCCCUCGUGACAAGACUUGGAGUGAACCUGAGUGGAAUGAGCCCGAGGAUGGGCCCACGGACGAUUGGCAUGAGCCUCAGCAUGAGCCUCAAAAUGAGUGUGGUGCCGAUGAUUGGUGA